CAUUCCAACUCAGUCUCAUACACAAAAUUAAUUAAGAAAUGUUAUCCAUCGAUUAAAAAAAAUAUAUACAAAAUACACCGCCGGCGACAUAGUUUAUUAUACAUCGGGCUGGUUACUGGGAACGGAAAGUAACCGCCACACCAUAACAUUGCGUUCCAUCUUCUUCCACAGCCGCCAUCACCAUGCCCCCUUCCAAGGUCGUAUCCAAAUCAUCGUCAUCAACAUCACCAUCACCACCACCACCGCCACGAUCAUCAUCAUCGAAAUCAUGGACAAAUAACAUAUCCUCUGUAGCAGCACGCAUCUUCUUCGUCCUCAUCAUCUUUCAGAUCCCUCUUUUCAGGGUGACUUGCAGAUCUGGCACGUGCACGACGCCAUUGCACGUGACAUCGUCGCAGUUGAUUUCGAGUGAGAUAUUCCCUGUUCCUGUUGUGAAGGCACUUCUGUUCCCUGGUGCUGCUGUGAAUGGACUCAUCCAUAACAUGACUGUUCCAAAAUGGGGUGAUUUGUUGGAAUUGUAUAACUUGACCAAUGUUAAGGAAGCUUCUGCUGUUACUGAUCUUCAACGCUUGGAGGUUCUUGCUGGAAGCUACUUCUCAGUGGCAGGAUCACUUGUGGGUAUCCUAAAACCCGGAAAAAUGAGCAUGUUCGGGACACUUCUUAUAGUUUGGGGACUGGUCAAGGAAGGAGUUUUGGGGAAACCAGUAAGUACUGAUCCUUCAAAAGCUGCCUAUGUCUAUCCAACGAUGAUUCUUGCCUUGAUCUGUGCUUUCGCAUCUGUAAAGUAUGAUUUGAAGAAGGCUAAUAGAUUAUCAGUACGUGCCCAGUCAACAGCUAGACCACUUUCUAGUUCAUCUAAAUCUAAGCUGAAAUAAGCAUGCUCAUGUUGACAAGUCCAAAUUGUACGCAUUUCUCACAAACUAAUUUUGGAACAUAUAGCUCAGUUUUUUUUUUCAAGAAUGAUUGCUGUUUUAGUUUUCCUUAAUUCUUGUACUUGGAUUUGUUGUUAUCUUGGAUGUGUAAAAUAGAUUGUUUAGCAAAUUAUUUUUUGGGAGAUGUCAAGUAACUGAUAAAAAGCUAUUAUUCUGCUGAUUUCAGUUACUUAUUUUGGACUAAAUACCAAUGAACUGAUUUUUGUAAUAAACUAGUCUAUUGCAGUGGACAAUUAGAUGCAUUAGAAAUUAAUGUAGUAAAGAGAAAGAUGGUGUAAUAUGGUAAUAUCUAACGAGGAAAAUGUGCUCGAGGAGCAUAUAAAUAUUUCUCCUAAUUUUAAUCUGUGACCUGUAUCAGUGGAUACAGUGCUACAUUGAUCAUUAUUUAGAGGAGAAGCAUGACCACAACAUAUUAUAACUCAUCAUUGACAUUAAGGAGAUGAAAGAAAGGGAAAAUCCAGCCAUCGGUGAAUGCUUGCAUAUGUUAGGUUCCCUUUGAUACCCAAUUACCCAUAGGCUGAACAGAGAUGCUUUAACCCCCCGAGGAAAUUGUUUUGGUUCCUUCCACCACUGCAACCCCAGGAUCCAAAACAUGCAUCAGAAGCGACUGCGACUAAUUCUUGAAUUGAGCUGAGACAACUUCAGGUUAGACAUUGGUUCACCACAUAGAAUAGGUCAAACCCCAUGUUCGAUGUUGUUACUUCAACACACUUGAUCUCACCCAGGAGGAGCUUGUGAAGGUGAUUCUAGUUUAUUCUGGUUUCAUUGUUGAGCUCUUUUGGAGGCACCAUUAUGUUAGGGAGUUGGGUAUUAUGGGGUGUCCAAAGUCGCACAUCGGGUACUAUGGGUUGCUUGAUGUUAUAUUUAAAGAAAGUGGCUCUUUAACAUAAGACUAUUUAAGGUGUGAUUUUCCACUUUCCUGUUGCUAUUUUAAGUGUUUCAAUAGUUUUGGUUUUCCCUAUAAUGGUGACAAUGAUAUCAUCAUAAGAGUAAACUACACUGAUCUGCUUAGAGCUUUUUGGUUGAAACCUAUUGGAGCAAUCAUUGAGGAAAUGUGGUAAUGCUUAAUGGACUUGACAUCUUCCAGCAAGAUUCUCGGGAUCCUGCAGAUUGUAGCAGAAGAUGGGACUGAGUUAUUGUUUUGCAACUUGAUGCUGUUGGAGCAGUGACGUUACCCGAACGAAUCCUAGUUUCACUGGAUAUGUUGCUGAACUGGGAUUCCUUAUAAGCGCUGUGAACCUUCCGAGGGAUGAUGAUUCUGUUGCCAAGCUCUUGAAUGGUGUUUAGAAGAAUAUUGCCUAUGUGAAUGCUACUGACCAUUACUACCAUCUUUGCAGAGACCUGGUUGAUUUUUAUUUUUUUUUAUAGAUAUUUUUUGCACUGCUUUUCGGCAUAAUUAUUACAACAGUUUGAAAUGUUUGCAUCCAUUGUUGGAA